CCGUUUUCACCUCAUGAAAACACAAAACUCGCAACGUAUAAGGAAAAGAAACGGAGAAGAAAGGAGAAAAAAGAAAAGAAAAAAAGAAAAAACAUUUCUUCCAUUCUCGAUCCUUCCGGCUUGCUCUAAGGGUUGAUCGGGAGAUCCGACGCUAGGAUUUUGAGAAGCAAUGGCGAAUCGAAUAGAUCAUGAGUACGAUUACUUGUUCAAAAUCGUCCUGAUCGGCGACUCCGGUGUCGGUAAAUCCAACAUCCUCUCUAGAUUCACCAGAAACGAGUUCUGUCUCGAAUCCAAAUCUACCAUCGGCGUCGAAUUCGCCACCCGGACGUUACAGGUUGAAGGCAAAACAGUGAAGGCUCAGAUUUGGGAUACUGCUGGCCAAGAGCGUUAUAGAGCAAUCACAAGUGCUUACUACAGAGGAGCUGUUGGGGCUCUUCUUGUCUACGACAUAACUAAAAGGCAGACCUUUGAGAAUGUCCUGAGAUGGUUACGCGAGCUAAGGGAUCAUGCUGAUUCCAACAUUGUCAUCAUGAUGGCUGGAAACAAAUCAGACCUGAAUCACCUUAGAUCUGUUGCUGACGAAGAUGGCCGCACUCUUGCUGAGAAGGAAGGUUUGUCGUUCCUCGAGACAUCAGCUUUGGAAGCAACCAAUAUCGAGAAAGCGUUUCAAACCAUUUUGUCCGAGAUUUAUCAUAUCAUAAGCAAGAAAGCCUUAGCGGCACAAGAAGCUGCAGGUAAUCUUCCGGUCCCGGGCCAAGGAACUGCGAUCAAUAUAUCAGAUUCAUCUGCGACUAACAAAAAAGGGUGCUGUUCUACCUAGUUACCUCCAACUAUAGGAAAUGACUAAUCAAUCAAUCACACACAUUUGAGUUUUCAAGAAUAUCUCUUUUGACCUUUUCCCAGUUUCCUUUUUUGGCUUCUAUUUCCGGCGCAAUUCAGCAAGUAUAGCAUACCUUCUUUUUUCUUUUUCAGGUCUUUGUUAUUCCAUAUUGGAUUUAUCAGUUAUGUUACCAGAGUUUGUUUAGUUGUAUUGAGACACAACAUUUCCCAGGGAAAACAAGUUUUAAAAAAAACAUCUUGCAGACACA